AUGGGUGGGUUUGGAUUAGAGGAUGACUCUGGUGGGUUUGGGUUAGAGGAUGAUUCGGGUGGGUUAGGGACGGUAACGGGUGGGUUUGGGUUAGAGGAUGAUUCGGGUGGGUUUGGGUUUGAGUUUGGAUUAGAGGAUGAAUCAGGUGGGUUUGGGUUAGAGGAUGAUUCGGGUGGAUUAGGGACGGUAACGGGUGGGUUUGGGUUUGAGUUUGGAUUAGAGGAUGAAUCAGGUGGGUUCGGGUUAGAGGAUGAUUCGGGUGGGUUGGGGUUGGAGUUCGGGUUAGAGGAGGAGUCGGGUGGGUUAGGUAAUGUGAUUGGGCCGGGAGGUGGGCUAAGACCAGGAUAA